GAAGAGCAGAGCGGAGCGGAGCAGCGCGGAGGAGAGGCGGCGCUGGCAAGAGGAGGCAGGCAGGGACCUGGCUCUUCUGGAUGCUGGAUUUUCGGACCCUCGUUGACUCUCUCCUGCUCCCCGGCGCCGCACUGUGAGAAGCACGCACGAGCGUCAGGCAGCAGCGGCGGGGCUUCCCUUGUAGCUGCUGCUGGUGCUGCUGCGGGGCUCGGGAUUAAAUUGGCCGCCCCGGAGCCGACCGGGAGCAGCGGGAAGAGGUGGCGGCGGCGGCAGCGAGAAGCAGCAGCGGGCGGGCGAGCAGCGGCGAAGGCUGCUGCUGGGACCAGGGGAGCCCAGCAUGACCAGGCUCUGAAAAUACUUCUGAAAUUUCAGACUGGACAGACUCGCAGUGGCUUCUAAGCCAGUGAGAACAAGGCUGCCGAAGCAUGCUGGUGCCAAGCUGUCAGAUGAUGCACGUAGUCAGGCCAGUGGUGGUGCUCCUGUGCUUGCUACUCUAUGCUGAUGCUGAAACACCACCGAAGUUUACAAGAACUCCCGUUGACCAGACAGGGGUUUCAGGAGGAGUCGCCUCAUUCAUCUGUCAAGCCACAGGAGAUCCAAGACCUAAAAUUGUCUGGAACAAAAAAGGAAAGAAAGUCAGCAAUCAGAGAUUUGAGGUAAUAGAGUUUGAUGAUGGAUCUGGAUCAGUUCUCAGAAUACAGCCACUGCGCACACCACGAGAUGAAGCUAUUUAUGAAUGUGUGGCUUCCAACAGUGUUGGUGAAAUAAGUGUGUCCACCAGACUCACUGUUUUACGUGAGGACCAAAUUCCUCGAGGUUUUCCAACGAUUGAUAUGGGCCCACAGCUGAAGGUGGUUGAACGAACUCGUACAGCUACCAUGUUGUGUGCAGCCAGUGGUAAUCCUGAUCCUGAAAUAACUUGGUUCAAAGAUUUCUUACCUGUUGACACAAGCAACAACAAUGGCCGCAUCAAGCAGCUACGCUCAGGUGGUACACCAAUAAGAGGUGCCCUCCAAAUUGAGCUGAGUGAAGAAUCUGACCAAGGCAAAUAUGAGUGUGUUGCAACCAACAGUGCGGGUACACGCUAUUCUGCCCCUGCCAAUCUAUAUGUCAGAGUUCGACGGGUCCCACCGAGGUUCUCUAUUCCCCCCACAAAUCAUGAGAUCAUGCCUGGCGGGAGUGUAAAUAUCACCUGUGUUGCGGUGGGAUCACCAAUGCCAUAUGUGAAAUGGAUGCUAGGAGCAGAAGAUUUGACACCUGAGGAUGAUAUGCCAAUAGGGAGAAAUGUCCUUGAGCUGAAUGAUGUCAGACAGUCUGCAAACUAUACUUGCGUUGCUAUGUCUACCCUUGGUGUUAUAGAAGCAAUUGCGCAGAUAACUGUCAAAGCCUUACCCAAACCUCCUGGAACACCUGUGGUGACAGAAAGCACAGCAACUAGCAUAACAUUGACUUGGGAUUCUGGAAACCCUGAGCCAGUUUCUUACUACAUAAUCCAACACAAACCCAAAAACUCUGAGGAGCCAUAUAAAGAAAUUGAUGGAGUGGCCACAACACGUUACAGCGUGGCUGGCCUAAGUCCAUAUUCAGAGUAUGAAUUUCGAGUUGUUGCUGUAAAUAACAUUGGGCGAGGGCCACCCAGUGAGCCUGUGUCAACAAGAACUUCAGAACAGGCACCUUCAAGUGCACCACGCAAUGUACAGGCCCGUAUGCUGAGUUCCACCACCAUACUGGUACAGUGGGAAGAACCCGAGGAACCUAAUGGCCAAAUACAAGGUUAUAGAGUUUAUUACACGAUGGACCCCACUCAACAUGUCAACAAUUGGAUGAAGCACAAUGUGGCUGACAGCCAUAUUACCACCAUUGGGAAUCUUGUACCCCAGAAAACGUACUCUGUGAAGGUUCUUGCUUUUACUUCCGUUGGGGAUGGACCACUUUCUAGUGACAUUCAAGUCAUCACUCAAACAGGAGUGCCUGGUCAACCACUGAACUUCAAAGCAGAACCUGAGUCUGAAACAAGCAUACUGCUUUCCUGGACACCUCCACGGUCUGAUACCAUUUCCAGCUAUGAACUGGUUUACAAAGAUGGGGAACAUGGGGAGGAACAACGGGUUUCCACUGAACCUACCACAUCGUAUCGCCUGCAAGGCUUAAGGCCAAACAGCCUGUACUUGUUCCGCCUAGCUGCACGGUCUCCUCAGGGCCUGGGUGCUUCAACAGCAGAAAUCUCAGCGAGAACCAUGCAGUCAAAGCCAUCAGCUCCUCCUCAAGACAUUAGUUGCACAAGCCCCAGCUCCACUAGCAUUUUGGUAAGUUGGAAACCUCCACCGGUGGAAAAACAGAAUGGCAUUAUCACUGCGUACUCCAUCAAGUACAUUGGGAUUGAUGGAGAAGAUGUCAAGGCCCAUGAAAUUUUGGGAAUUUCCUCGGAUAGUAGCCAGUACCUUUUGGAACAGCUGGAAAAAUGGACUGAGUACCGGAUCUCUGUGACUGCUCACACUGAUGUUGGACCUGGCCCAGAGAGCUUAGCAGUAUUGAUUCGGACAGAUGAAGAUGUUCCUAGUGGUCCUCCUCGCAAAGUCGAGGUAGAGGCUGUCAACUCUACUGCUGUUAAAGUGUCAUGGCGCUCACCUGUGCCCAAUAAGCAGCACGGUCAGAUACGAGGAUACCAGGUCCACUACGUGAGGAUGGAAAAUGGAGAGCCAAAGGGUCAGCCCAUGCUAAAGGACAUCAUGCUGGCAGAUGCACAGUGGGAAUAUGAUGAUACUACUGAACAUGAAAUGAUAAUUUCUGGGCUUCAGCCUGAAACCACAUAUUCUUUCACUGUGACAGCCUAUACAACUAAAGGUGACGGAGCACGCAGCAAACCCAAACUUGUAUCUACUACUGGAGCAGUUCCAGGCAAACCUCGGCUUGUGAUUAGCCACACACAGAUGAACACAGCUCUAAUUCAGUGGCAUCCUCCUGUGGAAACUUUUGGCCCGCUGCAGGGUUAUCGCCUGAAGUUUGGUCGCAAAGACAUGGAUACAUUAACAACCAUGGAGUUCUCAGAGAAGGAAGAUCACUUCACAGCCACAGACAUUCACAAAGGAGCUUCUUAUGUCUUCAGGCUCUCAGCUAGAAAUAAAGUGGGCUUUGGGGAGGAGAUGGUUAAAGAAAUUUCUGUUCCUGAAGAGGUACCCAGUGGAUUUCCCCAAAAUCUCCACUCGGAAAGCUCUACUUCUACAUCAGUUCAAUUAACUUGGCAGAUGCCACUCUUGGCAGAAAGAAAUGGCGUUAUCACCAAAUAUACCGUCUUGUACAGAGAUAUCAAUGUUGCUUACCAGCCAGUUGAACUCCCUGUUGUUCCUGCUGAUACCACUAUGACACUUUCUGGCUUAAAACCAGAUACCACUUAUGAUGUAAAAGUACGUGCCCACACAAGCAAAGGGCCUGGUCCAUAUAGUCCAAGUGUCCAGUUUAGGACACUACCCGUGGAUCAAGCAGUGUUUGCAAAAAAUUUUCAUGUUAAAGCAGUAAUGAAGACUUCUGUUUUGCUAUCCUGGGAAAUUCCAGAAAACUACAAUUCAGCUUUGCCUUUCAAAAUCCUUUAUGAUGAUGGGAAAAUGGAGGUUGAUGGACGUGCUACACAAAAGCUGAUCACAAACUUGAAGCCAGAGACGUCAUAUUCAUUUGUUCUGACAAACAGAGGGAAUAGUGCUGGGGGUCUUCAGCACAGAGUAACCGCAAAGACUGCGCCAGACGUACUUCGCACAAAGCCAGUCUUCAUUGGAAAGACCAAUUUAGAUGGCAUGAUAACUGUGGAACUUCCAGAAGUACCCUCAAAUGAGAAUAUAAAAGGCUAUUACAUAGUUAUUGUCCCUUUGAAGAGGUCUCGUGGAAAGUUUAUCAAACCAUGGGAGAGUCCAGAUGAAAUGGAACUAGAUGAGCUGCUUAAGGAGAUAGCUAGGAAACGCAGAAGCAUUCGUCUUGGGAGGGAAGUUGAAUUAAAGCCAUAUAUUGCAGCUCACUUUGAAGUUCUUCCUACGGAAUUCACAUUGGGGGAUAAGAAGCAUUAUGGUGGAUUUGAGAAUAAGCAACUGCAGAGUGGUCAAGAAUAUGUCUUCUUUGUGUUGGCUGUAAUGGAGCACUCAGAAUCUACCAUGUAUGCAACAAGCCCAUAUUCAGAUCCUGUUGUGUCAAUGGAUCUUGAUCCCCAGCCAAUUACGGAUGAGGAAGAAGGCUUGAUUUGGGUUGUUGGACCAGUUCUUGCAGUGGUGUUUAUCAUCUGUAUUGUUAUUGCUAUACUUCUUUAUAAAAGAAAGAGGGCUGAAUCUGAUUCUAGAAAGAGCAGCAUACCCAACAGCAAGGAGGUCCCCUCUCACCAUCCCACAGACCCAGUGGAGCUGCGACGCCUUAACUUUCAAACUCCGGCUUUGAGCAGUAAUUCAGUCCCCUACGCCUCCCUGAUUGGCUCUGUGUCCUCCCUCUCUAGCCAAACUACCACUCAGUCCUUAUAUGAUAAUAACUCUCUCCCACGAUUCGCUCGAAAAGGUAUGGCCAGUCAUCCACCAAUACCUAUCUUGGAACUUGCAGAUCACAUUGAAAGAUUGAAAGCAAAUGACAAUUUGAAGUUCUCACAGGAGUAUGAGUCUAUUGAUCCUGGUCAGCAAUUCACAUGGGAACAUUCUAACCUGGAAGUAAACAAACCAAAGAAUAGAUAUGCAAAUGUAAUUGCAUACGACCAUUCUCGCGUUCUGCUCUCAGCAAUAGAAGGCAUACCAGGCAGCGACUAUAUCAAUGCCAACUACAUAGACGGAUACAGGAAGCAGAAUGCUUAUAUAGCAACGCAGGGGGCGUUGCCAGAAACCUUUGGUGACUUCUGGAGAAUGAUGUGGGAACAACAAGGUGCAACGGUCGUCAUGAUGACAAAACUAGAGGAGAGGUCCAGGGUGAAGUGUGAUCAAUACUGGCCAAGCAGAGGCACAGAAACUUAUGGACUAAUCCAAGUGACCCUUGUAGACACUGUUGAACUGGCAACUUACUGUGUUCGUACAUUUGCACUUUACAAGAAUGGCUCAAGUGAGAAACGGGAAGUGAGGCAAUUCCAGUUCACUGCCUGGCCUGACCAUGGUGUCCCAGAACACCCAACACCAUUCUUAGCUUUCCUGCGACGAGUCAAGACUUGCAACCCACCUGAUGCUGGACCUAUGGUUGUGCAUUGCAGUGCUGGAGUCGGCAGGACUGGCUGUUUCAUUGUGAUAGAUGCCAUGUUAGAGAGAAUAAAGCAUGAAAAGACUGUAGAUAUUUAUGGCCACGUAACUCUAAUGAGAGCACAGAGGAAUUACAUGGUUCAAACUGAGGACCAGUACAUCUUUAUCCAUGAUGCACUGCUGGAAGCAGUGACAUGUGGAAAUACCGAAGUGCCAGCCAGAAACCUGUAUGCAUAUAUCCAGAAGCUGACACAAAUAGAAACAGGCGAGAAUGUCACAGGAAUGGAACUGGAAUUUAAGCGUCUUGCUAGCUCUAAGGCUCACACUUCAAGAUUCAUCAGUGCCAAUCUUCCAUGUAAUAAAUUCAAAAAUCGCCUUGUCAAUAUUAUGCCAUAUGAAUCCACAAGGGUAUGCUUGCAGCCUAUCCGAGGAGUAGAAGGCUCUGAUUAUAUUAAUGCCAGUUUCAUUGAUGGAUACAGACAUCAAAAAGCUUACAUAGCCACACAGGGUCCUUUAGCAGAAACAACUGAAGAUUUCUGGAGAAUGCUCUGGGAGCAUAAUUCUACAAUUGUGGUCAUGCUCACUAAGCUACGAGAAAUGGGCAGAGAAAAAUGCCACCAGUACUGGCCCGCGGAGCGCUCAGCCAGAUAUCAGUAUUUUGUGGUAGAUCCAAUGGCAGAGUACAACAUGCCACAGUAUAUUCUGAGGGAAUUCAAGGUUACAGAUGCAAGGGAUGGUCAAUCCCGAACAGUGAGGCAGUUCCAGUUCACUGACUGGCCAGAACAAGGAGUGCCGAAGUCUGGAGAAGGAUUUAUUGACUUCAUAGGCCAAGUACAUAAAACAAAAGAGCAAUUUGGUCAGGAUGGACCAAUUUCUGUUCAUUGCAGUGCGGGUGUUGGAAGGACUGGAGUAUUCAUAACCCUGAGCAUUGUGUUAGAAAGAAUGAGAUAUGAAGGUGUUGUAGACAUCUUCCAGACUGUCAAAAUGUUAAGGACACAGCGGCCAGCCAUGGUACAGACAGAGGAUCAAUACCAAUUCUGCUAUCGAGCCGCACUGGAGUAUCUGGGCAGCUUUGAUCACUAUGCAACAUAAAAACCCAUUGUGGAUUUUUAUUGCAGGCCCUUUAAGAUCCAGAGAGCCGCUUCUGAGCCAUACGAUGUGCUUUAGAAGUACUUCUUAACUCUUAGCUAAGGAGCAAUUAUUGGGGAUAUAUAAAAUAAAAAAGAAUUAAAAAAACAACAACAAAUGAACAAAAGUUUUGGGGAUAUAUAAAACAAACAAACAACAACAACAACAACAACAAAAAACAAAACAACAAAAAAAACCCCACCCAACAAGAAGUAUUCCAUGUGGACCAAGAAUUCACAGUUUAAUAACCUAACCAUAAUAAAAGAAUCCUGACCACUGAGGCGUCUGAAGGAUAUCAUUUACAGAUACCUCAAGGGUUCAACAUUGGUUGAAGUUAAAGGGAAGAGGAAAUUAAUCAGAAAGAGUGAUCAUCUUAUUCAGGAUUACUUGCUUUUGCAAAGAGGAGUUUUGAGAACUGCAGUUCAGUGCAAGAUGUUCGUUGCAAGGUUGGGUUCUGGCUUCUCAAACAAAGCGGACUCUUUACUUCAACAUCACCCUUUCCCAUCAUACUGCUCAUCGUAACACUUUAGGGAAAAUGUGGGAAUGUUUGAAAAGAAAGUCUUUGAUUUAGUUUUUUUAGUAUUGUAAAGAUACUGCUGACCUGUGCUUCAUUUUUAACUGUGUAAACUUUUUCCUUUUUUAACAAGAAUUUAUCAUUCGAUGAAGUGAAUUAAAGAAAAGGUUGCAUAACUGUUAAUAUUUUUGUUUAAAAAUGUAGAUUUUUUUUAAACUGUAGAACUGUUAUCUGUAAUAUUGUGCUGUAGAAAUGUUAGAUACUUUGAAAAUUUGCACAUUUUUGUGCAGUCCUACAGUACCACGGUCUUGUUAGAUAUUAAUUUUGUAGGGUUUUUUGGGUUUUUUUCUUUAAGAAAAAUAUUCAUUGUUAUCAGUUAAAUCAAAAUGGGGCUUUUUGGUUUCAUUUGGAAUCAACAGGGAGGCGCAAAGUAUAAAGAUGCUGCUAGCACAUACACACGCACACAUGGGCACAUGCACACUCACACCCCUUCUUUUAUAUAAAUACAUAUAUAUAUACACACAUGUAUUACUGUCUACCCUUUUCUGACUCUGUAUAGUUGCAGAGAAUACAGAUGGAUUCAGAUGCAGAUUCACACACAUGCACAUAGACAUAUCAGUCCUUACAUACCUGGAUUUAUCCAAGCAUUGGGAAAGUUUUUCUGCAUACUGCAAUUAUAUCAAACUGCAAGUUGACCAUCUCUGCAUUUUUAAGGUCCAUAAAGUUCUGUUUCAAAGGGAAGUGAGGAAUGCACAUCAUUGAUAUUUGAACGCCAUCUCUAUCCCAAAUAAUAUUUCUAUCCACAUUUCCACUUGAACACACACACAUGCACACAUACAGAGCACACACAUGCACACACGCACACAGAGUAUGUGAUUUAGGCUUCAAGUGAAGUUUAAUAUUUGUAACACUAUAGUGCAAUAAGAAAUCAUAUUAUUAAAUGUAGGAGGUGUGCAUGUGGGAAAGGUCAGUGCAUAUCCCUUUAGGAGGGGAGAAUGUUGUAAUAUACUAGGUAUUAAGAUGUUUUAAAAUUGUAUUCAAUAGUAUACUGUCUAUAGUGUGCGCUAUAUAAUUUACAUUUAUCGUAUGUAACAGGGCAAAGCCAAACACACAUUGCUCUGUGAAAUCAAAAGUUUUGUGGCAUACAGCAUUGUUUGGGGAUGCUGGGGUUUAUUUUAAUUUUACAUUUAGAGUGCCUUAUAUUUAAUGCCUAUUUUGAAUAGUAUUUCUUUAAGUUAGCCUUCACUUGUAUUUAGUUUAGUUUGUUUCUAUCUCUGUUGUUCUUUCCAAACACUUUAAUACAUGUACCAAACAAUUUUGAAAAAUAUGCAUUUCCAGUUUCUAAUCAAGUAUGGAUGGUAAUAAAUGAUAACCCAAAACACAUAGGUAGUCAAGGCCCUUUAUCUUUCCAUAUUUAUAAUAACAGAAUAGCCUACAAAUUGGAAAUCUAUAUUUCUGGUCAGCUUUUCAAACCCACUUUGUCACUGGCUAUAGUGUUAUUUGUCAUUGCUGAGAUGUAGCAGCAUAGGAGCAGUAGUUGACAUCAGCAGUGCUUAUGCAUCUUUUUCUUUUUCUUUUUUUUUCUUUUUCUUUUUCUUUUUCUUCUUUUUUUUUCUCUUUUUUUUUUUUUUUUUUUUCCCCUUCAAAAUUAUUUUGGUCCAAGUCCUGCUCAUUCACUUGUGUCAACAGAUUGCAAAUAUCUUGCUUUCAGUGGGAAGGUUCAUGUAAGGCUAGCAAGACUGAGCCCACAUGGAGAUCUCCAAACUCCAUAUUGGAGACUGACAGACUUUAUUCCAGGAAAAAGGAAAAUUCUCUAAACAGCACAAAGUACUUUUUGAGACUCUAGAAUGCCAUUUACCCUGAGCUUGGUCACCAUGUGUUCUGCCAUUGUCAGUACAUCAUGCUUUUUUGGGGGUUUCAAAUAGGAGCAUUGCUGUGGCUUCUCAAUUUGACUUCAACAUUUUUUUUCUUCUUCCAAUUUUCCCACUUCUAUGAGAAAUAAAAAUAAGAAAGACCAAACUCCAGCAGUUGUAUUUGAGCACUUUCAUAAUUAAAAAAAAAAAAAAAAAACCAAAACAAAACAAAACAAAAACAAAACAAACAAAAAAAA